CAUCCGUAUAGAAGCAAGGAAAGAGGGGAUGUAUGGAACCAUGUAGCUAUAAACCUGAAUGGCUUUGAUCAUCCGAAAUUCCAAGUCAAGAAUAUAUCCACAAGAGACAGACUGACCUUGUUAAUUACCAAGAAUAAAACGGAUAUGCGCCAAGAGGAAAAUGCCUCUGGAAUCGCUUGCGAAGAGACUGAACUAGACCAAGCUCUCAAAGAGAUAAUUGAUAAGGAGAAGUUAGCCAGCGAAAAAGGCUCCGAAGCAAAGAAAAAAGAAAAGGAAGAAAAAGCAGCUGCAGAGGAACUCAGAAAAACAGCUAUGGAACGUUUAGGGCACACUCAAAAAAGGAAUUCAGAAGGCGAAAGCGACAGAGCCCAAGCAAAAAAGAGUAGAAGGAGAUCUUUUGAUGUCGUGCCUUAAGGAAAAACAUGAAAGUGAAAGCGAUCAGAGAAAGGAGGAACUGGAGUUGAAAAAGAUAGAGCAGCAGGCGAGCGUGGAGCUACAAAAGCAGCAGCAUGAUAUGAUGAAGCUAUUCAUGCAGCAGCAGCAACAGCAAACUCAAAUACUGCUGUCUUUGCUUGCCAAAAAGAACUAA